AUGACGGCGGAAGCCUUCAAGGACACGGGGAAAGAGCGUGUGGACGAUGUUCCCAGCGACUCAGGUCCCAUACAGGCGGGUGACGAGCCGGUACCAGUCGACCCUGAGCUCGUGAGACGGGUCUUCCCCGAUGGAUCCAUCAGAGGAUUAACACUAUCUCUCCCAGGCUACGGUCUUGUCGUCUAUGACAAGGCUAUUCUGGGGAGCGCUGCCCUCUUCGGAAUGGUCGACGACCUAGACCUCAGGGUUGGCGACAGCACCAGCCGACUCAGUUGGGCCACGUCCCUAUUCUAUCUAGGACAGCUGGCCGGGUCAUACCCGACGACGUACCUCGUACAGCACUUCAGGACCCGCUGGACCGUUGGGCCGGCCGUGAUGAUUUGGGCCAUCGUGGCUGCGUCGGCUGCCGGGUGCAAAACAUACCAGGGCCUCUUUGCCCAGCGCUUCUUUCUUGGUUUCUCCGAGGCUAUCAUCCCGACGUCCUUCAUGAGCAUCAUCAGUGGCUUCUACACGCAGGAGGAGCAGGCGGCGCGACAGACGCUCUGGUUCAGCGGCGCCGGUUGGUUCACAGCCAUCGGACCUAUCCUCAAUUACGGAUUCGCGCAGAUUGACGGCGGCGCACUGCACUCGUGGCAGUACUGCUUCGUGUUUGCGGGUAUCCUGACCUCCCUCUUCGGCCUGUGGGCAUUCUUCAUGCCCGAUUCCCCCACAGAUGCCUGGUUCCUGACGGGCGAGGAGCGUGUGACGGCUGUGGAGAGGCUGCGUGCUGGCCAGACGGGUAUCAGGAACCAUGAGAUCAAGCUGGAUCAGAUCAAGGAGUCUAUCCUCGAUCCGACCGUCUGGCUCGUCUUCGUCAUGAUGGCGUCGGGAUACACGGCAAAUGGAGCGGUUACUGGGUUCGGUCCUCUCAUCGUGUCCACAUUCGGCUACUCGACCUUGUCGUCUGCCCUGUUCCAGAUGCCCAUCGGCUUUCUCUGCGUGCUGAGCUCCCUGUUGACAGGACUGGCAGCUUCGCGCUGGCGCAACAUUCGCUUCCCUCUCCUGCUGGCCUGCUGCGCCCCCGUCAUUGCGGGCUACAUCAUCAUUUGGAAGUCGAGUUGGGGCGACCGUCCUGCGGCGCCGGUGGCCGGCUAUUCCAUCAUCGGCUUCUUCGGCGGCGUCGUCGGGCUCGUUGUGCCCAUUGCCUCAUCCAAUGUCGCGGGAGACACGAAGAGGAGCUUCACCGCGGCCGCCGUUUUCGCCGGAUACUGUGUGGGCAACAUCGUCGGGCCUCAGAUGGUCGUCUCCAGCGAGAAGGAACGGCACUAUCCCACACUGUGGUCUGGACUCAUUGGCUGCUACAUGAUCACCAUCGUAGCUACCUCCACUCUGUGGUUCCUGCUAUGGAGGGAAAACAAACGUCGCGCCGGACUGAAUCUGGACAAGGCUGAGGCUGGCCGCCUUGGUUUCCACGACUUGACUGAUCGUCAAAACCUACACUUCGUUUACAAGCUAUAG